UUUUUGGAUGUUGUGCCGUGGGAUACUCCAAAAAGCGGAGUGCUCAAAACGGAGCAUCCGAACAACCACCUCUCUCUCUCUCUCUAGAACCUUCCUGUUUAGGUUGAUGAAUUUCUUUCUCUAUCCGUCGUCCGCAGCAGCAGCGUAAGGAAACACUAUCAUGUUUUCAAACAAUCAAACCUCCUUAUGUUCUUCACUCACCUAAUCUUUCAGCUGGUUCUAGACCCCCAAUCAGAACAGAAGAAUAAAAAAUCCCCUUUCCUUUAGUUUGAUCAAAAUCAUGGGUGUCGUUGAGAAUGGUAAUCAUGCUGGGUCAGUUGAUCAGCAGCAGCAUCAGAGCUCUGAUCAACAGAAGAACAUGUUAUAUGGUAACGGUAAUCAUGAAGAAGAGGGUUUUAGAAAAGAAAUGAGGGAUUUGGCAGACAUGCUGUCAAAAUUGAACCCUAUGGCUGCAGAGUUUGUGCCCCCAUCACUCUCCAGUAACAAUAUUAGGCCUCUGAUAGUGCCGCCGCCGCCGUCUGUGACCGCUCAUUUCGGUUACGCGGCUGUCAAUAAUUUCCUGCUUCAAUCUAACAACCCUUUGUUUGCCAAUGCCAAUUCCAACAAUACUUCUGCUAGAAGGAAGAAGGGUAACUUUGGUCAUGGUAAGCGGAGGAUGAAUAGCCGAACGAGCAUGGCACAACGAGAAGAUGUUAUAAAAAGGACGGUUUACGUGUCUGAUAUUGAUCAUCAGGUAACUGAAGAACAACUUGCAGCCCUUUUUAUCAAUUGUGGACAGGUUGUGGAUUGUCGUGUGUGCGGUGACCCUAAUUCCGUUCUUCGGUUCGCCUUUAUAGAGUUCACAGACGAGGAAGGUGCAAGGAACGCGUUGAGUCUAGGUGGAACUAUGCUUGGUUAUUACCCGGUUAGGGUACUACCUUCAAAAACCGCAAUUGCACCAGUUAAUCCUACUUUUUUGCCUCGGUCUGAAGAUGAAAGGGAAAUGUGUGCAAGAACUAUCUACUGUACUAACAUUGAUAAGAAGGUUACUCAGGCAGAUGUCAAACUCUUCUUUGAGUCACUUUGUGGCGAGGUCUACCGCUUAAGGUUGCUUGGAGACUAUCACCAUUCAACUCGUAUUGCGUUUGUGGAGUUUGUGAUGGCUGAGAGUGCAAUUGCAGCCCUGAACUGUAGUGGUGCGGUAUUGGGAUCACUGCCAAUAAGGGUGAGCCCUUCAAAGACCCCGGUUCGGCCGCGUGCUCCGCGACCUGUGGUCCACUGAAUGGACCAUUUGUGUCUUAUAAUAGACUUAUCUAAGUAUGGCGUUUAUGUUUCUUGUUUCCAAAUACAUGCACACGGAUAUGAGUCUAUAAAUGUAGAGUUUGUUUGAGGCUUACGCCCGCUUACCUUUGUUUAGUAUAAUUAUAAAUUUAUAAUAUUUAUAUUACAAAGACAAUUGUCAUCUUUGUUAAA